CCCACACCACGGAACUCUUUUUCACCAGACCAAACCCUCAUUCCCGACUUUCAUGCAUGCCUUACCUAUUUUAAGCUUAACGAUUUUGGCUGGCGCUCUCCUCAACCCAUUUCAAUUUCCCACGCUACCUAUUUCCACUAUGACUGACCGCAAGAAAAUCAUCUACACCUUUGAUGGGAUAGAGGAAUGGCAGAAGCUGAACCAUACGGUGACUGUUAUUGUGAAGGAAGACACCGGCUCAGAGAGUUGGAUUAGCGAUCGAGCCCUGCCUCCAACUUCGCAUCCACCCCCUCUCACUUUAGGCGGCAUCCAGAAGCUGCAGGACUUGGACGGUGUGAUUGUCAAGGAAGUGGUUGAAGACAAGUAAGAAAAACCACUACAGAUUUCUGUACUUAGAUUAGGAAGAUCUGCACCAAACCUUUGUACAGAAAUGAAUAUCAUGGUGAAGUAUUGACCUUUUUGUCUGUGCC